CCGACAACCCUGUCCCAUGUUCAGCUGUCAUGUGAUAUUCGCUGCUCGAGAAAAAGUUUCGUGAUCGCAUUGUCCAUCCUUUUAUUUUUUAUUUUGCCUUAAACCACACAGAACCGUUCAUUUGAGCCUGCAAAAUGGUUUCCGAGUGGGUGCCACCGAUCGUUAUCACCAGCAUUUGGGCCUUUAUUGGCAUCAUCUGUCCCUUCUUCGCUCGAGGUCCCAACAAGGGGGUGACUCAAUGCUGCCUUAUGCUGACCGCUGUCACCUGCUGGCUGUUCUGGCUCUGCUGUUACAUGACCCAGCUGAACCCCCUGAUCGGCCCCAAACUAUCUAUGAACGAAAUCAUGAUUAUGGCCAGGGAGUGGGGCAACCCCAUUAAGGACACAAUGGAUGUCGUCGUUUAAUCGUUUUCUUAUCACCUGUUUUGUUAUCGUUUACCUUGAAUGCUCUUGCAUUCUGUAUUAUUAAUUUCAAUUUAAUUGUCGAAGCAUAAAAUAAAUUGUAUCAAAGUUAUAGAAAACAAAAACCAAAUUUACAAAAAUCCAACGAUAAUACAUAUACAUACAUAUAUAUUUGUGAUGCACUUUUGUAAUUUCAUAAAUAUGCCUUGAUAUUUUGGACCAGCAUUCCCAAUAAAUCAAACUGAACAAAGUGUUCUUAAAUAAACAUUAAAAUAUA